AUGUCUUCCGUAUCACGCUUGUCCAUUGCGCCCAUGAUGGACUGGACAGACCGUCACUAUCGCUUUAUGAUGCGCAUGAUUACCAAGGAAACGCUUCUGUUCACAGAAAUGAUAGUAGACCAAACUUUGCUGCAUCAAAAACGGAAUCUUGAAUACUUCCUAGGCCAUGACGCUGUCGAAGCACCACUCGCGCUACAGCUGGGCGGCAAUAGUAUUAAAGACCUAGGUGCCGCAGCGCAUUUAAGCCAGUCGUACGGCGGAUUUUGUGAGAUCAAUUUGAACACGGGAUGCCCGAGUGCGCUUGUAUCUAGCCGCUGUUUUGGAGCCCGCCUGAUGCUUGAACCGGAACGUGUGCGGGACAUAUGUAUCAGUAUGCGGCGCAAUAUAGCGCUGGCAGCUGAGAAGAAUCCGGACCACCCGCCAGCGGAGGUCACUGUCAAAUGUCGAAUCGGUGUGGAUGAUUGUGAUAGCUAUGAAGAGCUACAUCAUUAUGUAACCAUGGUGGCUAGUGCGGGUGUACGCCACAUUAUAGUGCAUGCACGCAAAUGUUUACUUAAGGGUCUGAGUCCGAAGGAGAAUCGUACAGUUCCCCCGCUACGGUACGACGUCGUAUACCGACUGAAGCAGGAUUUCCCCGAGUUGUAUUUCACGCUGAAUGGAGGUGUACAGAGCAUCCAGCAUGCAAGAGAGCUGCUAAAUAGUACAAAUGUAGACGGAAUAAUGAUUGGACGGGCAGCGUACAACAGUCCGUGGAAUUUUCGUGAUGCUGAUCGGCUAAUAUUUAAUGCAGACCGUAACCCGAAUCUGUCGCGCCGCGAAAUUAUCCAGAAAUAUCUAGAAUACGCUGAGAACCUACAGGAUAAAUGGGGAUCAUCUAAACCGUUAAGCGAACUUCCGUACACGAUGGCCACGUCCGCGCUGAUGAAGCCACUUUUGACUCUCUUCAAUGGUGAGAUUGGCGGCAAGGCAUUUAAACGUGAAAUUUCAGCGCAAUGGGCAAGAAAGGGCCAGCGACCUGAGCUACGAGAGAUGGUCGAGAAUGCUCUUAAGGUAAUUCCAGUUGAAGUUCUUGACGCGCGCGUCGAAGACGAACUUUUACAGUCCUCUGAGAUAGCUAGGCUAAACGAAAAAUCAAAACAGAAUAUAUAA